CCGCCCGCCAGCUCAGUCGCCCACGCGCUCGCCCGCACUCCCGGGAAGUCUCGCGAUGUCGUAGCCGGCUGCUCCCGCUGCGGGUGGCUCGGGCUGUUACUGUGGUUGCCUGAGUUGCUGCUGCUGCUGUUGCGGCGGUGGUGGUGCUGGUGGGAGUGUCGGCCCCUGGGCGGGCGGAUGUUGACAUUGUGUUGUUGUUAUUGCUGAUGGUAAUGGCGGCGGCGACGGCCCGGACCCCAUCUCCUCUGUAGCCCGAGCCGAGAGACAGCCUAGAGCGAACUCAGCGGCCUCUGAGCCGGCGACAGCAACUCCGCUCAACCUCCGACGCCUCGCCGGUCCGGUCCCCGCCCCAGCUCCUGGAGUCAGGCCCUUUUGGGCAGGGGUCUCGGAGGCUCAGGAUGGCGGAUUUCGACGAGAUUUAUGAGGAGGAGGAGGACGAGGAGCGGGCCCUGGAGGAGCAGCUGCUGAAGUACUCGCCGGACCCGGUGGUGGUCCGCGGCUCCGGUCACGUCACCGUAUUUGGACUAAGCAACAAAUUUGAAUCAGAAUUCCCUUCUUCAUUAACUGGAAAAGUAGCUCCUGAAGAAUUUAAAGCCAGCAUCAACAGAGUUAACAGUUGUCUUAAGAAGAACCUUCCUGUUAAUGUACGUUGGCUACUUUGUGGCUGCCUUUGUUGCUGCUGCACAUUAGGUUGCAGUAUGUGGCCAGUUAUUUGCCUCAGUAAAAGAACACGAAGAUCGAUUGAGAAGUUAUUAGAAUGGGAAAACAAUAGGUUAUACCACAAGCUGUGCUUGCACUGGAGACUGAGCAAAAGGAAAUGUGAAACGAAUAACAUGAUGGAAUAUCAUCAUAGAAGAUACCCAUGAGAGUAGUAAGAACAAAGACUGUUUAAAAAUUGCUUUAAAAAGUCAUCCUCAUAGAAUUUUUACCAAAGACACCAAUUUUUCGACCAGAUUAGCAUUUACUUUAUUUAUAGAGACUUUCCAAGUAUGUUGUCUUUCCAAUGGUGCCUUGCUUGGUGCUCUCCUGGUGGUGACAUAACAUUGGUUCUACAGAACCGUGUGGUGUUUUGUUGUUUUUUUUUUUUUAAAUAACCGCAUGUUCUAAGUGUGCAUUUUUGUCAAACUUUGCAACAGUUAUUUCAUACAGAUGUUUAAUACUUAAGUUAUUGUGCUCUUUUCUGUUAUGUAUUCUGGUUCUCAAGGAUUACUUUUUUGUAUUAUCAAAAAAAUACAUUUGAACUUAGCCUAAAAAGUGGCCAGCGUUUUUUUAUUUUAUCACAAAGGUACACAAGAGUCCUUUAUUUAUAAAUUUCUUAACAUAGAAAAGCAUCUAAGUCUCUGCUUACUAUUCUAACAAACACAUUCUUUGUAUUAUUUUACUUCCUUUUUAAAUUUAACACGGUCAUUAUUUUUAAAUAGUAAGUUUUCUUAUUAGCCUUUAGGAACCUAACAUACCCUUUCUCAUAUACUUCCUAAUGCUCUGUUUACAGCAGAUAUAUCUGUAAUCAUUAUAAAGACCAAUCAGAAAGUUUGAAAGUAUUUCUUGUCUUCAAAGGUAGUAAGGAAGGAUUAAGUUAUUCGUACUAGAAUAGGCAAGUCAGUGAAUGGUGUGCAUGCAUGCAUCUAAUGGCUAUUAGAGCUCAGGAUCACAAAAUUUACUAGCAUCACAAUCUGUGUAUGUUUUUGAUCAAGAUGAUAUUAAUAAUGGCCUUACCUGAGUUAUUUUUUUAUUGUUUAUCAAAUCUAACAUACAAAAGUAUAGAUGUAUUCCUUUUAAAAAUUUCUAAGGAAAAUGUUUCUCCCAAACUAAUACAAUUGUGGAAUGGAUAUAUGCUUCUGAAAAAUCUUUGAAAGACAGCAAAAGUUCUAGAAUUAAAAGUAAGCUGGCGUUUAAUACCCCACUGGUAUUUAGAACUAUUAUUACUAAGAAAUGGGGGACAUAUUUAGUGCUGUGUUUUUUAUCUGCUAGUUCGCUUUCUGUCCAGUUAUGUAUAUACUUGAUUGAAAGUGUGACGUGUUUGAAUCAUGUCAGCUUGUUUCUGUUAAAUACACACACACACACACAUUUUUUUUUUCCUUUUUGUUGUACAUAUCUCCAUUCAUUUUAAAACUUUAAAAAUUUCUCAGUGGGCUAUGUGUAAAUUUUUUGUUUUAUGAGCCUGAAAUUAUACAAGUUUUAAUGUAUGUCAAGAACUUGUUCCAUACAACUGUGGUAUCGAGCAAUAAUGUGAAUAACUUUUGAAAUUAUAUAAACUGUGCUUAAUAAUUUGUAUUAAGAAUUGGUACCACUAUACAAUACCUUUUUCCUUGUAUUAAAUCUUUUAAAUACCAGCUUCAUUAAUUUAUAUACCUGUAUUUUAAAAAAAAAUUCUUUGUUCUUCUCCCAAAUACUGUAAUUCCAUAUGAAUCUGAACAGUUGAAUGCCAGUAUCCUAUAUUCUAUAUUGGACAUUAGAAGCUGUCUUAAAAACUAGGAUUUUUUUUUUUUGGUCUGAAGAGUUAUUUGUUUCUCUUGCGUCCCGCUCCCCCACCAUAACAAC